AUGCGGUCUCAUACCAUUCUCUCCUUGGCGACCGCCGCCAUAAUUCCCUUGAGCGCGGCCAACCCGGUCCCUCAAGAUGUCAACAUCAACGCGAAAGUAUCGAAAAACUCCCUUCAAGGGUGUCUAAACGCUGCCAAGGCGCCAAUCAGCGUCCAAUCAUCCCCGAACUGGUCCGACCAGUCUCGUCCCUUCAACCUCCGGGUCGCGUUCACCCCGGCCGUGAUUAUUGUGGCAACCGAUCCGAGCCACGUCCAGGCAGCCGUGAAGUGCGGUGCGCAGUACGGAUACAAGGUGACCGGAAGAGGAGGAGGACACGGCUACUCUUCGGCCGGGUUCGGCGGAGAGAACGGCCAUGUCGUUGUGCAGUUGGACCAGAUGUAUAAGGUCACUCUGCAAGACGACAGCACUGCGAUUGUCCAGGCCGGCGCUAGGCUAGGACAUGUGGCCACCGAGCUUUUCAACCAAGGAGGCCGCGCAAUUUCCCAUGGAUCAUGCCCUGGCGUCGGUAUUUCUGGGCAUUCCUUACACGGCGGAUAUGGCCUGGCUUCGCAUGGAUACGGCUUAGCCUUGGACUGGAUCCUCGAAGCUACCGUAGUCGUGGCCAGCGGAAAGAUCGUGAAGGCGUCGGCAACCCAGAACACUGAUCUCUUCUGGGCUCUUCGCGGUGCUGGAUCGUCCUUCGGCAUCGUGACCGAGUUCAAGCUCAACACGUUCGAAGCUCCCGAUGUCGUUACUACAUUUACCGUUCCCGUCCCGUACCAGAAGAGCGCUCAGCUGGUGAAAAUCCUCACUGGAUUUCAAAAGUACGCCGCUACCAUGCCUGUGGAGAUGAACGUGCAGGCCAAUGCGAACCCAGACGGAGUGCACUUCACCGGGCUCUUCUUUGGAGAUGAGGACCAAACCCGCGAUGAGCUUAACAACUUCCUCUCGCCUCUUGGCGUCGACAGCUCUGCUGCCGACGUCCAACAGACCGACUGGAUGGGCCAGAUUGAACACUACGGCGGUGACCCUGUAGAUGUUACGGGCCCACAGAGUGCUACCGACACCUUCUACGCAUCUAGCCUGAUGACCAAGGAUGUUCCGCAAGCCGGCUUCAAGGCCUUCGUCGACUAUCUUCAGGGCAAGGCAAAGACCGUCAACAGGGGCUGGUUCGUUCUGAUCGACGUUCAUGGAGGUGCGAACUCCAAGACUGCUCAGAUCGACCCGUCUUCCAGCUCGUACGCCCAUCGCGACAAGUUGCUGUUGUGGCAGUUCUACGACUCGUCCGGUGGCUCUGCCUACCCUACCAAUGCCAACCAGGGUACUGGUUUCAUGCAAGGCUGGAUGGCUGCUAUCACUCCCAAGCUCGCUGCCGGUAGCUGGGGACGUUACGCCAACUACGCGGAUCCGCUGCUCAGUAACGCCGAUGCUCAGAGUCAAUACUACGGAUCAAGCUUGCCUCGCCUCCGCACCAUUAAGGCCCAGUGGGAUCCCAAGGGGCUCUUCACGUUUCCCCAGGGUGUCAGUUCUUAG